AUGAGAAGAUCGUUUAGUGAUAUGUUUAUAAGAGAUACUAUUAAUUGGGUAAAUCGGUUAUCCCUUCUGAGCUCUCUGGUUUUAGAACCUAAAAAGGGUAUACAAAUACUAGCUCCCACACAAGGUGAUAGCUUUGUAAGUGAAUAUAUUAAAAUAAUAAAGCUAUAUGCUAUUGCUAUUGGCAAGGAUUUAGAUGAUAUAGAUGUUAAAGUAAAAUUUUUUUGUGGAUUAUCAUCUGACAAUGAAAAGCAUGUGAAUGAGUUUGGUGUUAAAAAACCUUUAACUGAAAUAUUUGAAUACCUAGUUAAGUCUUCUACCGAUCCGAAAUAUAUUAUAAAUUUACCAGAACUAUUAAAGUGGAUUCUAUAUUUCUUAGCGGUAGAUAAGUCACUUUAUCCCGCUCUUUUUGUUUGCCGAUUGUGGUAUAAAUGUGCUGUUCCUAGCUUAUGGAAAUACAUUGAACUAAAGGAGAAUGAUCUGAAAUAUGGUCAUUAUUUCCCAGAUGAUUAUACUUAUCAUGAGAGAGAUCGUACUCGAUGGAAAAGAUUUAUAAAAAUAAUGAAUGAAAAGUGUAAGCCAGCUUGUGUCUUGAAUGUAACUCAUCUAGAAAUUACUUAUUACCAUUCACUAUCGGAUAACAAAAUAAAAGGUAUUGUAGAUAUCUUUCCAAAUAUAAUUCAUUUAGAUUUUAAAGAUAGUAUAGGUUUUAGUGAUAAAGCAUUAUCUAUAAUAGCAGAAGCAUAUCCUAAUUUGAAAUAUCUCAAUCUGUGGGAUGCUCAAGCAAUAUCCGAUAAAGGCUUAUGUGCAAUUGUACGAUCAUGUAAAUUAGAACAUCUAAAUAUUUCAUAUUGCAGAAAUAUUACUGAUAAAUCUUUGUUUGAAAUCGCAGAAAAUUGUCAUGAUUUGCAAGAGUUCCAUUUUGCUGAAGCAUAUUGGAUCACAGAUAAAUCUAUAUGUUGCAUCAUAAACUCGUACCCAAAUUUACGAAAUCUUGAUAUUGCAUUUAGCAAGAGGAAAAUCAAAAAUACUAGUAUGUUAAUACAGAGAUGUCUUAGUAUAGAGUUUCUUGUCUUUAGUAGUGUCAUGGCUUUUCGUAAUGAUGCAUUAAUUGUAGCAAUCAUCAGGGCAUCUCCAAAUUUAAGACAUCUAGACAUUGGUAGUAAUAAUAUUGGCGAUGAGGUUACUGAAGCGCUGGCCCAUACAUGUCAUAAAUUAGAAUAUCUCGAUCUAAGUUGCUGUUCAUUUGUUAGCGAACCAUCAAUUUGUAAUGUUAUUCGUUCCUGCCCGAAACUCCAGCAUCUUAACCUCAGCUUUUGUGAAAUUUCUAAUGUAACUAUCAAAGAAAUUGCUCGUUCAUGUCUCAGUUUAAAAUUUCUAGAUUUUGAAAACUGCAAAAAUGUUAGCAAAAAAACUAUGGGUCAGCUAAAUCCAAAUAUUCAUAUAGAAAAUUUUGAUAAAGAUUACUACUGUUCCGAUUCAGAGUCUUCUAGCUCUGAAACCGAAUCAAAGUCCAAAUCAUCUAGUUCUGAGUCAGAGGAUGAAAUUACCUAUUAUAAUAAUCUUUCUUCUCUGAUGAUUAUGGACUCACCCGAUAGCCCGAAUGAUUUUAUUAGCACAUUUAGUGAUUUUCUUAGACAGAAUGGUGGUGCUAAUAAUAAUUUUAUUUCUGCAUUUCUCAAUCAGGAAUUAGCACAAUGCUCUUUGGCCGAGCAAUGGUACUCUACCGAUCUAACUAAUCCAACACUUUGGAGUGGUGAAUAG